CAACUGAUUAAAUGUCUUCUGAGGAGUCAAGUGCAUCUGAAUGUUUCCGAAAAGCUAGAGAAGCAAUUCCACAGAACAAGAAGCAUCGAAAAUCAAAAAGCAUCUUCAGCUAUAUUUGCUGUGGGUUAGUUAACAAUCCAGAAAAAUUACAGUCUUCAAAGGUUAAGCCUCAAAUAAAUUCUGAGGAAGAUGCUAUCAGAGACAACUUAAAAGAAGCAAUAAUGAUGAGGAACACUAAAAUUAGAGAGACACCUGGUAGCCUUACUGAUAAGCUUGAUAGUAGCGGAAGAAUUCUUCUUCCUAAAUCUCAUUUACAAGAAGAAGAGAAAACUUAUGAAAGCAGACUAAAAUUACUUGGAAGACAGAUGGGUGAUAAUAAAGGAAAAAAGACAAUUGUACUAAACCUUGAUGAAACUCUUAUCCAUUCCGUAUUUACUAACGAAGAUGAUUCAGAUUAUCAAUUCAAUCUUGUAUCUGCAGGAAAGGCGUACAACAUCAGUACAUACAAAAGGCCUUAUUUGGAAGAGUUUCUCGAUCAUAUUAGUAAAUAAGUUUGAAGUUGUAUUCUAUACUCCUGCAAUUUCUGAAUACGCAAAUGCAAUUAUCAACAAAAUUGAUUCCAAUAAUAUAGUCGCUGGUCGGCUUUUCAGAGACUCCUGAAAGAUCGAAGAUAAUCCAGAAACUUGAGGCUUUGGCAAAUAAUUUCAUUAAAGAUAUAUCAAAGCUUGGAAGAUUACUAAAUAAUGUUAUUGUCUUGGAUAGCAAUACCAUGACAUGCAUAGAAUGUAUUCAAAACACUGUCCCUAUCCGUCCAUGGUUUCGAGACAAAUAAAGACAAAGAAUUGAAAGAAAUUAUUCCUAUUUUAGACUCAUUAGCUAAAGUAAAAGACGUAAGGGUCGUGAUUCAGAACAUUAUUGAUAAAAUGCCAAAUAUUGAUAAGGAGAAGAAAGGGAAGUACAAUACUCCCUUCCAGAACCCAAAAUAACAUUAAAUACAAAGACAGAGAUAACUAUUACAAUAUUAUGGGAAAUUACAUAACAAGUUUACAAGAAUAUAAUCCAAAGAAGGCGGCCAUGAUUAAAUAAAUACGAACCUCUUAAAAAGAAACCCAAAAAGAUAGGAAAAUUAGGAAGACUUGCUGGAGAUUUGAUUAUUUUUAACCAUAACCAAGGAAUUCAUCAGGUAGAUGAUACAAUUGCUGGUGAAGGAAAGAACAAAGUAUCAACAGAUUUCAAAGAUUCUAAUAUCUCAGCGAGCCAAUCUACAACGACCAAUAUGAAGUCUUUAGUUAGAACAUUUUUAAAAGCUAGCACAGACCAGCCUAAUGAAGAAGUUUCUAAGAUAGAAAAUUCUUAUCAUUGACAAGAAACACAUAAAAGUGAAUCAGAACCAAGCUUUGCAGAACACCUUUUCAAAAAACUCAAAAACCCUACCUCAGAAAGCGAAGGAGAGAGUGAAUCCUCUUCAAAAAACAACAACUUCGGAGUCCCUGAAAAGAACAGAAUGAGUGAACAACUAAAAACAUUUUUCUGCUUCGACCAAUAAAUUCAAUUCUGCCUUA